CUUUCUCUCUGAUAUUUAUUUUUUUUUUCAUUUUCUUCUUCUCCUUCUCUCUCUCUCUCUCUCUCUCUCUCUCUCUCUCUCUCUCCACAAAGAUAAGCCAAUGGUUGGUGAUUACAGAGGACGCUAUAGUAGCCGUCGUUGCUCCGACGACUCUGACGAUUCUUCCGACGAUGCUUCUUCCGUGGAGGGAGAGACUACUUCGUCCAUGUACUCUGCGGGGAAAGAGUAUAUGGAUACCGAAUGGACUAAUGAGAAGCAUAGUUUAUACCUUAAAUCUAUGGAAACUUCAUUCGUAGAUCAGUUAUAUAGUUCCCUUGGCACUCUCGGGAAGAAGGACAAUGUAUCCGAAUCCACGAGGUUCGGUAGCAGCGGUAGGAAACCGUCUCAAGAACAGUUCAAGGUUCUUCAUGAUGGUUUCUGGCAGAAGAUUAAUGUGAAACAACCUGAACAUCGGAGUAACUUAAGACACGGUGGUGGUUCUCAUGAGUUUCUUAGGAGUCCAUGGAUCAAGCAUUAUAAACCUUUAAUAAAGACACAAAUUCAGGUUACGGGUGAAGGUAGUUCCGAGCUCGAAAGUCAAGUGGUCAGGUCAAAUGGGAAGACAGUAAUGGUCAUAUGCAGCUCUGGUUCAGCCUCAAGUCUCAAACAGAUUUGCUCUCAUUUGCGUGACCACGACCAAAUCAGCGUUGGAGAAGCAGAGGUAUCGGAUCAGAACUUUGUCAAUGAAGGAACAAAAGGCGAAAAUGGAAGCUCGAAGAAGAUGAAGACAGUGAUGAGCGGAGGAUCAUCGAGUACCGAUCAGGUUGUUCCACUCAAUAAACUCCUGGAACAUGACAUAAAUUUGAAGUCUGUUUCUUGAGAAGUCAGAUAGUGAAGCUUUUAUGAGAAUUUUGUAAUGUAUAUACUUGCAUAACAUAUAAGUCAAAUUUACCAUCUUUUAGUUACAAGUGUCUUCAUCAUUAUAUCCCUAACUAUAAAAUAUAUAUUUGCUCAUGUGUGAGUGGAUUCAUUUGUACUGUAAAACCUUAGAACGACCUCAAAUUAGUUUUUGAUGGUUUAGUGGUUGUUACCUCUAUUUAUAAAGUUUUUUUAUGUUCCACAA